AACGCUUAAGUUAGAUGCUGUACCCACCAUAAACCCUGAAAGACCGGCCGAAACUCCAAAAGCAUCAGGCACAAAGAGAGCCAGAUCUGCUGCAUGUUCGUCGGUAACGACUGCCAGCAAUGUUGACAGUUUCUUCACUUCGUCAGGCAAAAAAACUAAAACAAGUGAAAUAUGCCCACAUCCUAGAAGGGCUGUUUCCAAAUUAGAGGUGGCAAGGGUAUGUGUUAUUUCAUUUAUAUCAAAUUAAUAUGUUUUGUUUUGUUUUAGACUGAAAACAAAUGUAGAUCUAUGAGAGUUUGGUGUGCUGUAUUUGUGGGGCCUAUGAUAAAAGUGUGAUUUUAAGUUAUUCAACCCAUUUCUGGGGAAACAUACAUAAAUAGUAAGAAUUUGAGUUGUUAAGAUGUGUGCCUAAAUAAAAUAGAAUUAGCUUGUGUGCAUAUGUCUGUCUCAUUAAAAGCUAAACGUUUUGAGACCAACAUGAUUGCUGCAGGAUCCAUCCCUGAAAUUGUUAGGUGUUUUUAACUGUUUGUUUUUGGUUCCAGUUGCUGACAGAACAGGAUCAUGUCUCGAGCGACUCAGAUGUUUAUAUGGAAUCUAAUUUGCCAGAAGAUCCUGCUGCAGCUUCGGUGACUGAAAGCACAUUGCCACAUAGAUCUGAGGCAAGCACACAGUGCUCAACUCGAACAAGACCUUACUAUAGAAGCAAAGGGACCUCAACAGAUCCAGUUAUCAUGGUUGAUGCAUGUACACAGUAUGAAGAGCAAGAAAGUGCAUCUACACCAACAGUGUCAACACCAAAGAAAGGUUGUGCUACACUUGUAUUCGACGCUGAUCAGACACCCAUCAAAGAUGACUCUGACUACAAGCCUUCGGAGCUGUCGAUUGAUGAGGCAUUACAGGAAAAAGAGGAGGAGAUAUGUGAAGAAGAUAGUUGUUUGCUUCCAGACAAAGGCAAGAAGAACUUUUGCACAAAUGCCCCAGGAAAUAUGCACAAGACAAGAAGUAUUUCGUCUUUGAGGCCAAUUUGUUGGAGCUGUUCCAGUACUGCCCAAUUUGUGCUGGAUCAAGUUCUAGCGAGGUUGUUAACAACAUUGGCAGUUUAGUGCAGAUCAGGCAGAAAUGUGGAAACUGUAAAUACACAAGAGUAUGGAACAGCCAGCCAUUUCUCAAUCAACUUCCUGUUGGAAAUCUGAUCAUGUCGGCAUCAAUUUUGUUGUCAGGAAGUCUACCCUCCCAGACUCUAAGGGUGUUUGACAUCAUGAAAGUUUGCAGGAUUAGCCGCAAUACCUACCAUCGUCAUCAAUCAUCCUACAUCAUCCCAUAUAGUCAACGCCUGGCAAACAGAACAGACGAGUCUUGUGGAGAGACUCAAAGGCAUGGAAGGUGGCAUACAUCUGACAGGGGAUGGUCGUUGUGACAGCCCUGGCCACUCGGCCAAAUAUGGAGGCUACACGGUGAUCGAACAAAGGAUCAACAAAGUGCUGGAUACCCAACUAGUCCAGAGCAAUGAGGUAACCAGCAGCAAUGCUUGUGAGCUCGAGGGCUUGAAGAGGUGUCUGACACUCCUGACCGAGACGCAUGAGCUGGAUGUCGCAUCUAUGGUAACUGACCGGCACAAAUCUAUUGCAAAGUACCUGAGAGAAGAAACUCCACACAACCCCCACACAGCAGAGCUGAAACAUCACUUCGAUGCAUGGCAUAUAGCGAAAGGAUCUAAGCCAGGUGAGCUGCUGAAUGACAUCUUAACCAAUCCCCAUGUACUUAAGGACAUCAAGAAGAUCUCGAGUACAUACCAAACAUCAUCUCUGGAAGCAUUCCAUAGUUUAAUCAUUCGCUUUGCACCGAAGCAUACAGGAUUCAUGUGGCUCUGUCAGCUUGCUAGGUACUACUUGGCAGCACUACACUACAACGAAAACAGUGCAAGACUACAGGCUGUGACUCGAGAGGGCCAAGAGCGUUUCACAAUCAGUUUCCCAAAGUUCAAAAAGGGUCAACAUUCAGUACGCAAGGAAAAGACACCAGCAAAAUAUAAGUACACAACAAACAUUCUUGAAGAUCUUCUGCAAGCCUAUUCUGACUCGCCACAGAACUUGAGAGAGUCCAUCCAAGAAGUCCGUAACCAAGAACCACAACCUUUGGCCUCAGAGAUGGACCACCCCGAUAAAGAUGAGGCAGUGCGUAGGCACAGGUGUCGGUUCAUUAACCAGUAACAGUGUUUACUAGACUAUCUUUAAUCUUUGCUUUGAAAUAAGAUUCCUGCUUUCUUUUGUGGUGUGGUUCUUAUCUUGUGUAAACAGCUCCUUUUAAUUUCGUACAAAAACUUUUCUUGUAUCUAUGGGUGAUACUUCAUAAUAGUGUACUUCAAAUAAAAUUGACAAUAUCUCUAUGCUUAUAUACUGUAUUAACAUAAUACCUGGCAGACUGUCAAACUGGUUAUUGAAUCCUCUGGUGAUCAGCCAUCAAUAUUAUACAUUUUUCUUUUGUGGUGAUUGUUUCUACUCACUCAUAUCACUGAUAUUAUUGCCUAAUACAUUACAUUCUGCUGUUUAUGUCUGUGCUUGUUGGUGGGGUGUCGGGACCUACAUUUCGUGCAAUGCACUUCUACUGAACCAGUAGGCACAGUGUUCCAACAUCCAGGUUCUACUUUCUUCUGGUUGAUCAGAUUAGCAUUAAAGAUAUUACUAUCAUUAGUAGAGAAGCUGAAUUAAAGCCCUAAGAA